AUUCAGGGAUGUAUGCACUUAUUUGGAACAAACUUUUGCAAACGAAAAUCAAUACUUUAUGUUAAUCUUAGGGUAGUCAAUUAUACAUGGUACAUAUUAAAUUUUACAUAUAUUUUGAGAGUAGUUCGGCUAUUGAAUUACUAUAAAGAACAUGACAGAACAUAUUGAGUUUGUCUAUUGGUAAAUGUAUUUCGUUUGUAGCUAACGGCCCUGUAGUAGAGCCGUUGCUGAGGGUACUUACUGUGAGAAUAUGUUUAAUGCAAUCAGUAGUCUACUUCAAACCCACCGAGAGGUACAACUGCACCUUACCGUUUAUAGUUAUCUUUUUUAUAUAGAACACGGUUAUUGAAAAUUUUAGAAAAUUAUUCUUUAAAAUUUCUUCGGAAUAUUUCCCAAGUGACAUAACGAUUUUUGUAUUCAUUUAAAAAUUUAAAUGUAGCUUAUAAAGGUAAAAAUUAAAAGUACAGAAUAUUUGCUACUAUUAUGCAAAAAAUUACUUGUUAGACAGUUAAAAAUGAUCUUGUUCAAUGUUCUUGUACAAUUUUUGAAGUAUAACAUAACACAAAGUUUUUUAACAAAUCUUGCGCAAGAUUUGAAAUACAAAACUUUGGACCAGUGUUUGUCACAGGAUACAUAAUCAUAUUGACAGACAACUAGUGGACUUGAGACCAGGCUUGCGCAAGAUUGCUACAAGAUUGUUAUAUGGGUUGCUUAAGAAUUGCUGCAGACUGUUUCUACAGAUUUCCAAUAUGCAGUUUUCGGAAAUCUAUCGCUUCCUUUUCGAAGAAAUUUCAGAUCCGAGAGUAACUAAUUGGCCUUUGAUGUCCAGUCCAUUUCCGAUAGCAAUAAUUUUAGUUGGAUAUUUGUUAUUCGUUCUUCUUAUUGGGCCAUUGUACAUGAAGAAAAGACGGCCUUAUACUUUACACAAAGUUAUGAUUUACUACAACAUUUUUAUUGCAUUCUCUAGUCUUUUAGUGUUUCUCGGGCUUCUAACAUCAGGUUUUACAACAAAACUUUCCUGGGGUUGUGAGCCAGUUGAUUAUUCUUAUGACCCAGAGUCAAUAAGUAUGGCAAGAUGGGUUUGGUGGCUGAUGAUUCUAAAAAUAUGUGAGCUAGGUGAUACAGUCAUUUUCACACUACGAAAGAAAUUCAAUCAAUCAUCUUUUCUACACAUUUAUCAUCAUGCCACAACUGUUUGUCUUGCAUGGAUCGCUUGCAAAUAUGCUCCAGGUGGCAUGUGGACUUUUAUUAUGAUGCCAAAUUGCAUCAUUCAUGUGAUUAUGUAUACAUAUUACCUUCUCGCAAGCUUGGGUCCGAAUUUACAGAAAAAACUCGCUCCUUGGAAGCCUUGGUUGACGAUCUUGCAAAUGACGCAGUUUUUGAUUAUGGCUAUUCACACUUCACAAGCAUUAGCACCAUCAUGUGAGCCAACUCGGAAGCCACUUGCUUAUAUAUAUAUGUCACAAGUUAUCAUAAUAUUUUAUCUAUUUUUUAAUUUUUAUAAAAAAACUUAUGUAACAAAAAAGUGUCAACAGUAA